UGAACCUGCUAGAUGUGAAAUUGAGGUUAAGUUUCGUUGGCGGUUUUGUUGUUUACUUACAAACAGAUUGAUGCAGACACUUUAUUGGAUACACCAUGAAUGCGGUGGUUUCUUUGUGUCAUUUCUGUGAGCUCCAUGGCCCAAGUGUCCUAAUUAGCACGCAGGCAUGCCGAGCACAGAAUCGUUCCAGUUCCCCCAAGAAGCGAACAUUUUAUGGACCUCCUGAUUGUUUUCAAGCCUCUAGCUUUGCUUCUACUUCUUCGUGUGAGGCUUGUCAGCCAUUAGGGAAUAAUGUUUACAUCACCUCAGACCAUGACACGGAGACGAGUUAUGUUAGCUCACAAUUUCCCUAUCAGUCUGAGACUGAAGCACUGGUUCGUCAAGCGUGCACUAGAAGCCUAAGUUGUGAAGUGAGCCCAGGAAAGGAAGGAAUAUUGGUAUUCAGUGAUGACCCCGGUUUGGGAAGUUCCUCUUGCUGCAGUGUAUUGAGCCAUACAUUUCUAAUCAGAGAUUGCCUGGCUCGAGGGUUUCAUCGAUGGUUUUCAAUCACAGUUCUUACCAGAGAUAGGCUGUUACUUCUCAAUAUGUGGCCAUUUUUAGAGAAGAACAUUUCUAUUUUUGUAUCAGAGCUCCAAAUAUCAGCUAAUAAGGUGUAUGAGGUUGAACAAAAUGUUCGUCCACAAAGAGCUCUACGCUUGAGUACUGCAUUUUGUAGUGACAAAAGCAGUCGUCCUCUUUCAGAGUUGACAGGCUCUUCUCAAGUGUUUGCCCAAAUACACCUGUGGUUUGUGUGGCUACUUCAAAAUGCUGCAACACGCCUUCGUGAGACACUUCCUCUGGUUGAGUCAGUUAUACCAUUGGAUCCUAUUGAAGAGGUACAAGGGGGCCUUGUAUAUGUCUCAGCAAAGAAUUGCCUAUAUCGCUCUGAAAAUAUUUCAGACAGUGAAAAUUCACCCAGUUGUCUUGUUAAAGCAACUGGGCCCAGUAUAAAGAGCCUUGCCACGUUACGUUUGUUGCUCGGUCCUGUUAACUUUGCCAGCAUAGUGUAUUGUCUUUUAGUUGGCAGACAAGUCGUCGUUAGAGGCCAACCAGCUGUCCUUGUUGCAAGCAUCCUUUUAACUCUAAAGACAUUGUUGCCACGAGGUUGUAUUCGUCUAGUUCCAUUCAGCACAAACUAUUUGCCACUUUCCGAGUGCAACAUGUUGGGCAUUGAUGCUCGUGCUGCAGUACCUCAACCGUCCCCACAUGUUGCUCGUUUGGAGGUUCUAUUACCAUCGGAAGGGGAAAAUCCAGAACCAGGAAACCUUGUAGAUGUUAGCAAAUUCAGUUUUCAUUUAAAGUGGCCUGGACAACUUCCAUCAAAAUGGCCGUCCUUUCUAUCGAAACUUGACCGUGCAAUGCAGUCAGAAUUUCUCAGUGAAAGAACUUUAAUGUUCCAAAUUGGAGCCUUGCGAAUGGAAACGUUGAAUGCCGCCAGAGUUAUGCAUACAAUUGAAAAUCAAGACAAAAAAGAUUCAUAUGAUUCAAGAGACAAGACUGCUCUCCUUCAAGCUCUUGGCGUUAAUCUGGCUGAUACAGAUGUUAUGUCCUUUUGGUCCAAAUGCUGCCUUAAUAUGUGAUAGAUUUAUAUAAUCUUUGGUUGUUCCUUGUCAGUUUUCUCUGAUGUUCCUGAAUAUAUGUGAUAAUAAUGUAUGAGGCUGAGUGAAAUAAUGUUUUUUCUAUUCUGAAACAUAGUUAGCUUUGGAAAUUAGCAUACAGUAGCUCGCAGUAGCUGUACACUCAUUUUAAUUUUUUUUUUUUUUUGAAAAGUGUAUGUGUAAUGUUUAAUCAUACAACUGUAUUCAAAGUGUUCAGUAUUCAUGGUUUUUUUUUUAGUGUAAGUGUAAUGUUUAAUCAUACAACUGUAUUCAUAGUGUUCUGUAUUCUAAUUUUUUCCUGUUAUUUGAUGACUUUUUCCUGUCAAUUUGUCUAGUCAGUCGUUUGCCGUCCGUGAAUAAACUGGUUGCAACUGAA